AUAUCGAUAUACCGAUAGAGGUAGCAAGAAACAGCUGUAGGAGGUCAAACUAGAAAAACAUCUAAAACAUGUCAAUAAUAUUGAGACAAAACUUACGGUCGUGCUGGCUCAUCAAGCAAGCAUGCCCCAGCUUAGCCUACAGCUCCAGUGCUCAGUCCGGAGACGCUGCCGCAAAGACAAUUCCCAAGAAUCUAUUAGAAGAUAAGCAAACCGCCGUUUUGCAAAAGGAGAACGGAGCCAUCUUCGACAAGCGUCCAUUCAAAAUUCAUUUGGACAAAGACAAGACCUACAGCUGGUGCCUGUGCGGCAAGUCCAAAUCCCAGCCACUGUGUGACGGAAUGCACAAGAACGAAUUCCUUAAAAUAAAACAGAGGCCUAUCCGGUUCAAGGUAGAGAAGUCGGGCGACUACUGGCUGUGUAACUGCAAACAAACCACCCACCGGCCGUUCUGCGACGGGACCCACAAACAACCGCACAUCCAGGCGGCCGUUAAAUAGUUUCAUGCUUCGGCAAAUUAUGUGAAAAUGAUAAAUGCAUUAAUUUUGAAUCAA